AUUAGUUUCAGAAAAGAAAGGUUUGUGAGGAAGAUAAAGAAAGCUUGGAAUGGCCAACGUAGCCGGAACUUCCAUGAUCGACGACGUUUUUCCGGCGACCCUAGACAAAGUACUGAAAUUAAUGAUCAAGAGGCCGAAGAAUUCGAGGAGUAAGAGAGAGAAAGAGGAAGAAGAAGAGAUACUGGUGACAGAGAUAGAGGUGGAGAGAGAUGUGUUUGCCAAGUUUGAUGUGUUUGUGAACGAUGAAGAUGAGGCGAUGAGUGGACCCGACAAGACUGAGUUUGCAGGGAGCUUUGUGCAUAUGCCCCAUAAGCAUAACCAUGGGAAGAAGAUAAAGACAAAUCUGAGGUUAGGGAUAACUGAGCUUUUGGAGGGUUUGGGUGCUGAAGAUGAUGAGAGAGUUCUGGUGACUUUGGUGCCAAGAAAUGGGUGUAACAGUGUUACCAUUGGUGGUAUCAAGAUUGAGCUCCAUGAUUGAAUGGAGUUUUUUAAUGAAAAGAAGUGUCAAAUUUCUUGGAGAAUAAAUUAUCUUUAGGGUUUGGAGUUUCAUUGUAGUGUGACGGUUGUUUAUUUUUCCUU